AUGUUUCUGCGUUCAGCCGUACCGGCGACUGUACGUGUCCACACUGCAUUACUCCACAAAGGUUCGGGGAAGGAGGUCGUGGAGUACUUGCACGUGAAGACCAAAUGGAUACUGAGGGUCGAGCUGUUAGAGCCGCGUCACAAAAUGUUCAAUGUUUUAAAUUUCAAGUCGUUCGUGGUGCAAGUUCCGACACAUCCCCUCGAGAAGUUCCUCAAAAAUGAGUUGUGGCCGAUGUUGUGUAUCGUCGGUUUCGUGGCCAGCUACGUGACACCAGUCAAAAAAAAAAACGACGCCACUUUCGCUGCAGCAGUUGUUUCAACGACCAGUACCAGACCCAUGGUAAUGUCGCAUCGCGUUCCGCACGCGGCUAACGAGACAUCAAACCACGACACAUGGCGUCUACUAGGGCCUAUGUCCAUGUGCGGUUAUGGGUGUUUUCUGCUCAACUGGUCCCUGAAGCAACUGAAUCAUCUCUUCAACAGUUUAUGGCAUAGGUACCAGCAGUGGAGUCUGGAACAGGAGUCGUCGGAGAGCGAGCUGAUAGCGAUCCCUGAGACCAGUGACAAGUCGGAUACUACUGUCCACGGCAGUACGGCACCGGGUUCGUUCGACGAGCCAUCACACUACGAGGACCCACCAAAGGUAGAAACGCCCGCCACUACAACCGCUUACCCGCCGCUCAGUAAAAUCACGAUAUCACUUUUGCAUUCACGUAGCCGACCCUUGGAUCUCGUUCGGCGCACCAGCUGUCUACCAGCUCAUCAGUCUCCAUCGGCAGCGACUCCUCGAACCUAUUUUGAUACGCCAUUGAUAGAUAGUUUUUUGUCAGUGGGCAGUAGUACAUCUCCGGACACAGCGCCCUCUUCGAAUGGAGACGGACAGUUCGGGCAGUGGCCACAUGCGCGCUCCCCUCCACAACAUCACAUUAAGAGUCCAGCUAAAAACGUAGGCUAUGCGUAUGCAUCCCCGGAGUCUCCGCUAUCCAAGAUGGAGGUGGCAUGGAACGCUCCGCCGCCCACGAUGCAGCAACACUCACACCAGCCCUUCCACAUACCACCUCCUGAGCGGUUACUCCCAAUCGGUCCCAAGCCCAACAAGGAGCAGUAUCCAGUUUUCAACGCCCUGGUGGAUCGAGUCAGAGAGGCGUUGAGCUUGCCACCAGAUGAUUCAACGGACAACACAGGAUCCUCUCGUUCGGACGGUGAUGCCACUCCUACCCCCACUCCUACCAGCAGGCCCCACGAGUUGAACAAGAAAUCAUCUGAAAGUACAAGUGUAUCGAUGUGUCUGUCGCAGAUUGCGGGGGUUGCGGUGGAUGCGGGGGCUGGUGGGAGGCGGAGUCCCGCGCUGGGAAGCGAGCUGCGCAUGCGCACGCCGCGCCACAUCGCCCCGAUCAUGAACUCUGCUACCGGCGCGGAGUGCGGCACGGCGGUGGAGCAGUACAGCGACGAGGAGCUGGGGCUGUGCAUCAUCGUGCUGGCCACCUUCGUGCACCGCGAGCCCGCCGCCGCCGCCGCCAUGCUGCCCGCCCUGCUGCAUAACGUCAGCAGGGGGGUGCAGGCGGUGGAGCAGUACAGCGACGAGGAGCUGGGGCUGUGCAUCAUCGUGCUGGCCACCUUCGUGCACCGCGAGCCCGCCGCCGCCGCCACCAUGCUGCCCGCCCUGCUGCAUAACGUCAGCAGGGGGGUGCAGGCGGUGGAGCAGUACAGCGACGAGGAGCUGGGGCUGUGCAUCAUCGUGCUGGCCACCUUCGUGCACCGCGAGCCCGCCGCCGCCGCCGCCAUGCUGCCCGCCCUGCUGCAUAACGUCAGCAGGGGGGUGCAGGCGGUGGAGCAGUACAGCGACGAGGAGCUGGGGCUGUGCAUCAUCGUGCUGGCCACCUUCGUGCACCGCGAGCCCGCCGCCGCCGCCGCCAUGCUGCCCGCCCUGCUGCAUAACGUCAGCAGGGGGGUGCAGGCGGUGGAGCAGUACAGCGACGAGGAGCUGGGGCUGUGCAUCAUCGUGCUGGCCACCUUCGUGCACCGCGAGCCCGCCGCCGCCGCCGCCAUGCUGCCCGCCCUGCUGCAUAACGUCAGCAGGGGGGUGCAGGCGGUGGAGCAGUACAGCGACGAGGAGCUGGGGCUGUGCAUCAUCGUGCUGGCCACCUUCGUGCACCGCGAGCCCGCCGCCGCCGCCGCCAUGCUGCCCGCCCUGCUGCAUAACGUCAGCAGAGAUAUACGCUCAAUGAGCAAUGUUGUGUCGUGCAGGGUGGUACAGCUGGGCAACUACUCGUGGCAGGCGGAGACCAACACUCGCCUGCCGGGCAGCGCGGUGUUCGUGGCGCACCAGUUCCUGCGCUGCGUGCUGCACCAGCUCGCGCCCAACAACGUCUUCCUGCAGAUCUUCCUGCAGCGCACGCCCGGUGCAUCGGCAACUUCUCUUUGGCCGAAUUUCACAAAAAAGCGAUCUGGCAAGCGUGAGGAUUAUGACAACCCUAUCCCCGUCCUUCAUGAUCGACGUAAGACGCACGUGGCCCCCAGGGUCCCCGUCAACUCCGCUAUUCGCAAUCUAGUUAGCGGAUCGGGUGCCGGUAGACAAAUGGGUGUGAUAGCGGGCAACAUAGCGAUGUACCUAGAGUGCCUGGCCCCCGAAGCACUAGGCCCGCUGGGCGCGUGCGCAGCGCUAGUGAGCGCGCUGGACGCCCUGCUGCGCGCCGCCGCGCUGCUGCUGCACCAGCUGGACGAUGUGCUGCCGCUGCUGCGCGCUGCCACCGCCGCGCUGCGCAUCCCCGCCGCCGCGCAGCACAAGGUACUCUCCCCCUACUGCACCAGGUCACGUCCCCCUUCUAUACCAGGUACUCUCCUACUGCCGCACCAAGUCCUCUCCUCCUAUUACACUAGGAACUCCCCUACAGCUGCCCCAGCAUCUCCCCUACUGGUGCAUCAGAGCAUUCUGGAACCUAUAACCAAGAUCAUAAGCUACGGAGUUCAGAACUUCGUGCUAAAGCUGUCAGUUAUCUCAGAACUGAGCGUUGUAUGCACGCGGGUAUUCAGUCGGGACAGAGACAAGCUGCUGGUCUGCCGGGUCCUGGUGUACGAGCUCGUGCAGGCGCUGAGGACCAAAACCACCAUACCUGAUGAUAACCUGUUUAUAUUGAUACAGUUCGUUCUGCAAGGUCACGGCUGCCGGCUAGUGCUGCCCCCCCAGCUAGCGGGGGGCGAGCUGGCCAGUGGGGGGACGGACGCGCGGGAGGUGGCCGCCGGCGCCGUCGACUGCAUGCGGCCCCAUCUACCCGACAUGAUCGACCUACUGCAGGACCCCCAUCUGCUUAAUAAGAUUAAGGGAUCCGUCUCCAAGUCAAUCGUGAACCGCAACCUGAUCUGUCUUAAUGAAGACACAUUGGGCGCAAUAGUGAAGGGCGGGAUAGCGCAGUACGUGGCCAUGGAGCUGGCGCUAGAACACAGUCGCGGGCGACAGGACCGCGCGCAGCCCGCACGGCAUAUGACGCCGUGGAUCAGUACCUCGCUGCCUGGUUGCCGCGAGGUGUGCGAGUGCGUGUCGCGCGUGCGCGUGGUGUCGUGGCUGGUGAUGGGCGCGCUCUGCAACGCGGCGCAGGCGGCGCCCUCCGCCCCCGCGCCCCCCCACGCGCCCCCGCGGCCCCCCCACAUGCCCGUGCCGCAGGACGCCACCUGCCACAUCACAGACUACAUACAGACGAUCAUGUCGUCGUACGUGGAGGCGGGGCGCGGCGGGGCGACGGGGUCCGGGGGCGGGGCGCGGCUGGCGGGGCUGCUGCAGGCGUUCGUGCUGUGCCAGCUGUGGACGCUGUACCUCGAGCAGGCGGCGGCCGCGGCCGCACCCGCCAGCGAGCCGCACUACACCACCACCUGCCUGCUGCUGGACUUCUGGUGCAAGCUCGUGCCCAGCAUCCUGCAGGUCACCGUGCAGUCCAAAGUCCUGGCAGAGACGGUGAACCUCCACUUCCUAAGUCUACUGGAGUCACUUCUAGAAUGUAACUCUACCGUACUGAACAAACUACUACCCUUAUGGAGCCCUAUACUACACUCACCGUUGUUUAAUAUGCCGCGGCACGUGUGGCAGCGGCUGUGCGUGGUGACGGGGGCGGCGCCGGGCGGGGGCGGGGGCCCGCGCGACGCGCAGGCCGCGCAGCGCCGCCUGCACCGUCUGCUCGCCAAGAUGGCGCAGCUCGAACUGCAGCCCCACUCCUUCUACUUCAUAUAA